UCACGCGAUUCGCUCUAAUGAUCGUGACGUCACACCAAUCGGCUUGAAUGGAGUGACGUAGUUAGAUUAUUCCGCUCCGAUUGGUCGAAACAAGCGGUGUAUAAAAAUAUUCGAAAAAAAAAUAUAUUAUAGCAGGGAGAUUUCGGUUUACUGAAAUUACGAAUUAAACUAACGACAACAACGUGUCUGGCAUUUAUCCACUUUGCUUAUGAAAAUGAUAAAAUGAUCGUUUUAAAAGGAUCCGAGCGCCUUUUAUUAAUUAAAAUGAAGGCCCUUUUAUUAUUAUUCACCAUAAAUUUAUUAAUAGGAUUAAUUAAUUCUGCCAACGUGACAGCCAACAAUCAAUUGAGAAGUUUUAAUGACGAUAGCAGUUUAUUCAGGAGGUUCAACUUUACGCGGAGAAGAUCAAAAUUCCCUAUACUACCUCCAAAAUUGCGUGAAUUAACCACACCAGAAGUAAUUACAGUUAGUAAUUUCAAUAAACGCGUUGGAAUCUUAGAUGAUGAUCUUAGCAAUGUGUCUGUAAUGGUUAAAAGUUUACCAUCUUCUAAUAAUUCAUCAAAAACUGAUUUUUCUGACUUCUUCAAUAUAUCUGCCUCAAGAAGAAGAUCCACAGUACUAUGGCCUCGACUUGCAACUUCAAGAUAUAGAGGAUUCGCUUCGGUAUACAAACUGACAAAAAAUUCGCCCAGCUCGAAUUUCUUAGUAACGUGGCAGAAGAAACCAUUAACCAAAGAAGAUCCCAUUAACCAAACUACAACUGUGCAACCUAUUUUAGAAAAUUCACUAAUUAUUCAAAGUCCAUCCGUGGUUUGGCCUUUAUCACGAAGAUCAAUUUCUAGAAGGAUAUGGACCACUCACAGACCAUUGAUUACUACAUCCGUUACACCAUUGCCGAAAUUAUUAAUGCCCAAACCGACAAGACCUGCCAUUUACAGUUUAGAUGGCUUCAUCCCUACACCUUCCAUGAUUCAUCUUACCACAACUUCUCCUCCGGAUUACAAUCUUAUGAUGUCAUCUUCUAGAAGAAAGGAGAUAAAAAAGCCUCCAGCUAACGAAGGGUUUCAAAAGAAAACGAGACGAUUUAGCAUCGUGAUGAGGAGAAAAGGAAUACCAGGACGGGAUUAUCCUGCAUAUAACCACGUUCCUGCUACUCGUUUCCGUUGUGGAUGGGAAAGCGGCAUGUUUGCAGAUCCAAAAACAGGAUGUCAGGUAUGGCACAUGUGUCCAGGCGGUGGGAAACCUCACAGAUAUAGCUUUUUAUGUCCUCAAGGAACCAUCUUCAGCCAGAAGAGAGGAAUCUGUGAUUGGUGGUACAACGUUUCAUGCGAUGCCAAAAAUUCCAAUAGCUAAUAUAUUAUUACUAAUUUUUUUUCUUUUACAAAUAAAGUAAAGAAAUGGCUCUAAAACCAUACCAAAAAUCCAUUUUUUUGUAUAUGCAUUUAUCAAACUAACAAAUCAGUAUUCGGAGCCAUCUUUGUAGUUUAUUUAUUGCUAACAGUUCUGGUUAUAAACGUGAUUUGCAUGUUUAUAUUUAACCAUGUUCCAGACAUGUUUCUAUUAAUAAAAGAAUAUUUAUCUGAUGGUUUACAUAUAA